CCUAGGCAUAGCCCGUUUCCAAUUAUUCUUCUUCAAGGGUCUAUUAUAUUCAUUAACGUCAUGGAUAGGGCUAUUGUUGACCUAUUUAAAUAGGCUAUAGACAAAUACGAGAACGAGGCUAUUAUCGGUUAAUGUCCCAAAAAGAGUAAGUAACUUUGACGUUUAUUUCAAAAUUCUCAAAUAGCGCUCAACAAGGAAGUAAAAACUAAAACUAAAAGAAUGCCAGACGAAGAAACAAUUAUCAGGGGGAGGACACUGACUGUCUGAUAUCAUGGAUCAGACUCCUCAGUCUCUCGCUCCAGCCCAGCAUUCUUGUCCUUCGUCCUCCAUUACGUCUCAACCUGCCCCUACACCGUCCUCCAUCAUGGCUCAACCUGCUCAUCCACUGUCCUUCAUUAUGGCUCAGGGUGGUUCUGUUGUCGCUGCACCCCAACUUGUUGGCUGCAGUGUUGCAGGUUCAGUUUAUUAACACAUCAGUGUUACUAUGGCUUUGCAUGGUGCUGAUGAAGAGCUGCCAAAAGUCAAGGACAAACACAAGUCCAACAUGAAGAAGAAGUUUGGGAGCAUCUUUGAGGGGCUUGGAAAACGGGGAAACCCAACAUUGCUUGACAAGAUCUACACAGAGCUCUACAUCACAGCUGGGGAGAGUGAAGGGGUUAAUAAGGAGCAUGAGGUAUGGCAGAUUGAAGAUACGGCUCAGACCAAAGCAUUUCAAGACGAUGCAAUCAACUGCAAUGACAUGUUUAGAUCUUUAGACCCUAAGACAGAGGAACAUAAUGACAAAUCCCAAUCCAAACAAGAGGUACCCAUCAGAACUGUGCUGACAAAGGGCAUCGCUGGCAUCGGAAAAACAGUCUCAGUGCAGAAGUUCAUCCUUGACUGGGCAGUAGGAAUAGCCAAUCAGGAUGUAGAUUUUGUCUUCACACUUCCAUUUAGGGACUUGAAUUUGAUCAAAGAUGACUGCAAUCUCUUGGAACUCCUGAGUGACUUCCACCCUGAACUAACAGAUAUGAAGGAUGCGAAGAAGGUGGUUGACGGUAAAGUUGUGAUCAUCUUUGAUGGCCUCGAUGAAAGCCAACUUCCACUGUGUUUCCAUAACAACAAGAGGUUGUCUAAUGUAACCAAGACAACAUCAGUGGACGUGCUGCUGACAAACCUCAUCAAGGGGAAUCUGCUUCCUUCUGCUCUCCUCUGGAUAACCUCCCGACCAGCAGCAGUUGAUAAGAUACCCUCUGACUGUUUUGACCGUGUCACUGAAGUUCGAGGAUUCAACGACACACAGAAAGAAGAAUACUUCAAGAAGAGAUUCAGUGAUGAUGAGAACCUGGCCAGCAAAAUCAUCUCCCACAUAAAGACAUCAAAAAUCCUCCACAUCAUGUGCCACAUACCGGUCUUCUGUUGGAUUACUGCCAUGGUUUUUGGGAAAAUGUUGAGCGAAAAUGACCAUGGAAAAGUCCCUCUGACUGAGAUUUACAUUCGCUUCCUACUCACAGUGACAAACAUGAAGAACAAGAAGUACCAUGGGGAAAACCAACCAGAUCCUCGUAAUCUGUCAGAGUCUGACGUACAGAUCAUUCUGAAACUUGGAAAACUAGCCUUCCAAAACCUGGAAAAGAGCAAUCGGGUGUUUUCUGAAGACUAUUUGAGAGAGUGUGGCAUUGAUGUCAACGAAGCCUUCUUGCUCUCAGGGAUGGGCACAGAGAUCUUCAGAGGAGAGGACCCUAUGUUUCAAGCAAAGAUGUACAGCUUUGUGCAUCUCACCAUUCAAGAGUUCUUCGCAGCACUCUAUGUUGCUUUCUCAUAUGCCAGUGAAAAUGUCAACCCAUUUCGUUUAAGAGACUACCAAGAGCUACCAAGAACAAAUGACAGUGAUUCUGGAGACACAUAUUUUGGAGACGGGGAGGAUGACUGCAGGGAUGAUGGCUACAGGGAGGAUGACUACAGGGAUGAUGACUACAGGGAUGAUGACUACAGGGAUGAUGACUACCGGGAGGAUGACUACCGGGAUGAUGACUACAGGGAUGAUGACUACAGGGAGGAUGACUACAGGGAUGAUGGCUACAGGGAUGAUGGCUACAGGGAGGAUGGCUACAGGGAUGAUGACUACAGGGAUGAUGACUACAGGGAUGAUGACUACAGGGAUGAUGACUACAGGGAUGAUGACUUCAGGGAUGAUGACUUCAGGGAUGAUGACUGCAGGGAUGAUGACUGCAGGGAUGAUGACUUCAGGGAUGAUGACUACAGGGAUGAUGACUACAGUGAUGAGGGCUACAGUGAUGAGGGCUACAGGGAUGAUAGCUGGAGCGAGGAUGAAGACUACAGGCCUCAACCUGAAGGUUCUCAGAGAACAUUGCAUGACUUGCAGAGGAGUGCUGUGGACGAAGCGUUGAAGAGCGAGACCGGUCAUCUCGACCUCUUCCUCCGCUUCCUUCUGGGCAUCUCACUGAAGUCCAAUCAGAUCCUCUUGAAAAGCCUACAGCUCCAGACAGAGGGAGACACAGAGAGCAUCCAGAAGACCAUCCAGUACAUCAAAGAUAGACUUUCAGACAAAAAACAAAGACAAUAUCCCUCCCCAGAGAGGUGCAUCAAUCUCUUUCGCUGUUUGAUUGAGUUGAACGAUACCUCGUUUGUGAAUUAAAUUAAUGUCACGUCCUGACCCUGGUAAGAGGCCAUUUUCCUUAGUAGAGUGGUCAGGGCAUGACAGGUGGUUGUUUUGGGUGGUUUUGGGUUUUCUGUUUCUAUGUGGGGGAGGUUUUGGGUUUUCUGUUUCUCCAGGAGGAGGAGCGGGACUAAGCAGGAUAGGGAGUAUCUGGAGUCAUGGACCUGGGAGGAGAUCCUAGAUGGGGCAGGACCGUGGACAAGGCCGGGAGCGUAUCGCCGCCCGCCGGAGGAGAUAGAGGCAGCGAUGGUGGAACGGCAAUACUGGGAGGAGCGGCUAGGAAGGCAACAGGAGACCGAGAGGCAGCGGCAAAAAAAAAAAUUGGGGGGGCACACGGGUAGAUUGGCUAAGGCGGUUGUAAGACCUGAGCCAACUCCCCGUGCUUACAGUGGGGAUCAAGUAACUGAACAAGCACCGUGCUAUGCGGUGAUGCGCACUGUUUCGUCCAUGUGCACUCACAGCCCGGUGCGCUCGGUACAACCUCCUCACAGUUACCGUGCGAGAGUGGGCCGUCAGCCAAGAAGAAGUGCGCCGGCUCAGCGUAUCUGGUCUCCAGUGCGUCUCUUCGGCCCAGGUUAUCCUGCGCCUGCUCUACGCACGGUACCCCCCAUUCACCAGCGCAGCACAGUUCGUCCUGUACCUGCGCUCUGCCCGUGCUGGGCGAGAAGAACCAUCCAGCCAGGACGGGGUGUGUCAGCCCCAAGCUCCAGACCUCCAGUGCGCCUCCAUGGCCCAGUACGUCCUGUGCCUGCUCCUCGCACUCUUCCUCCAGUGUGCCUCCACAGCCCGGAGCCUCCAGCGACGCUCCUCAGCCCGGAGCCU